AUGUCGACAUCCACGACAGCAGCAACCACUCAGCAAGAGGCACAGAAUGGACUUGAAAAGGCUUUGAAUCAAGCACCAUCAUCAUCACCCGAUGUUGCUGCCAAAAAGAAAUCAUCAACAUCUUCAAAAACAAGCAAGUUGAGUUUGAAAUACAUACCAAAAUUUUCAGUGUCCUUCAACGACAAAGUGGCCUUCACGUUUGGCGUUUUAUUACUUGUGAGCACUACUUUUAUAUUUGGUUAUGCCCCAAAAUGGCUGCCACAAUGGUAUGCUCUAUGGAUGGUACCUCUAAUGAUUUAUAGAUUUUUUGAUUUUCAUGCUCAACAUGCUCACUAUUUUAUGAUUGAUUUUUGUUAUAUUGGAAAUUUAGCACUGAUGAUCUAUCUCUUCUUUUAUCCAACUAGUCCACAAUUAUUUGCAUUAACUUUUGCAAAUAACAAUGGCCCUAUUUUAUUUGCUAUUGUUUUUUGGAGAAAUUCAUUGGUUUUCCAUGAUUGGGACAAGUUAACGAGUUGCUUCAUUCAUACUUUUCCUCCACUCAUUUCAUUUGCCAUUAGAUGGUUCCCAGAGCAAUUUCCAGAAUAUACCACAUGCAUUGAACCAACCUGUGAGGUGAAUUGGACUCAUACUGUUUUACCACACCUUGGAUUUUUCUUGUUUUGGUUGACUUCCUAUUAUUUGAAAACAGAGCAUGUGGACAAGAAGUUCCUUCAAAAACGUACUCAUUUGAUCACGUCCUAUAGAUGGAUUACUGAGAUGGACAAGAAAAGUAAAUCGUAUCAACUGGGACAAAAGUUUUCUCCUCAAGCCAGAUUAUUCGCUUUUAUGGUAUUUCAGUUAUUCUUCCACUUGCUAACAGUCAUUCCCACUACGUUCAUGUUCAACAAUAUUUACGUCAAUGCUGUCAUUCUAUUGUUUAAUUACAUUGUCAUGGUACACAAUGGUAGUAAUUUCUACUUUGAAAAAUUUGUUAAAAUGGUUGCUGAAAAGAAGGAGGCAUAA